AUGAAGUUCAACCUUGUCUUGAUCUCCGUCGCCGCUCUUGCAUCGCAGGCGUUCGCUAAAGGCCACGGUCUCUGCGCAUGCCAGAAGAAGACCAACGGCGCUACCAACGACGAUGCCACUCAGGCUUGCUGCAGCCGAGUCGGUGCUCAGCUCACUUCUGAUCGCCUUCCUGCUGAAGGUGGAAUCAAAUAUGCCGGUUACUACUGCCAGGGCACUGAUAUCAGCGGCGAUGCGUUCUAUAAGUGCUGCCGCAACAACGGUGGCGGGGACUCGACCUGCCCUGAAUAA